AUGCCUCCCAAGCGCAAAGCCACCUCGAGUCUACCAACCGAAGCUCCUGCUCUCAAAAAGACUGCCUUCGACGCCUUGCAACCAUCCGUGAAGCCUGAAGUGAAGAGCGAGCCCGACACCAAGAUCAAGACGGAAGCACCAGAAUAUGAAGACCCGGAUCGCGAGAAACAGGAGGAAGAAUACGGUGUCAUACAGAGAGAGUUCUACCCGGCUGAGAUGUCAAAUGAACGAUGCGCUCGCUACAACGCAAACGAGAUUCCACGGCCCAUCGAGUUGCUCACUCAAGCCGUGCAAAAGACGGCCUUUGCGCGCAAAAAGAUCGAAAUUGGGGACGCGGUGGUACAUUGGUUCAAACGCGAUCUGCGUACAAAAGACAAUCGCGCCCUUCAUUUGGCGAGCGAGAAGGCAAAAUCGAAGGGUGUGCCUCUGAUCUGCUUGUUUAUCGUCAGUCCGCAGGAUUAUCAGGCUCACUUGACUGCUGCCGUUCGUGUCGACUUCGAGCUCAGGACCUUGCAAGUACUCAAGGAGGACUUGGCCAAGAAAGAUAUUCCUCUGUACACCGAAACUGUUGAGAUACGCAAGAAUGUGCCGAGUCGCAUCAUCGAGCUGUGCCAGAAUUGGGGUGCAAAACACGUCUUCUGCGCAAUAGAAUAUGAGGUCGACGAGCUAAGGAGGGACGCUGGCUUGACUACUUCGUGUCUUGAAAAAGGCAUCGAUUUCCAUGCAGUCCAUGACGAUGUUGUAGUACCACCGGGCGAUCUCACAACAGGCCAAGGCAAGCAAUACUCAGUCUACACACCAUGGUUCAAGGCCUGGGUCAAACACCUUCACGCGAACCCGACUAUGCUGGAUGAAUUUGCCGCGCCAGAUCAGAAUCCUGUCUCGGCUCGUGAGAAGUAUGCGGACUUAUUCAAAGCAGAGAUACCUUCAGCUCCCGAGAACAAGAAGCUCAGCGACGAAGAAAGAGAACGAUUCAAGGCAUUAUGGCCGCCAGGUGAGCAUGAAGCUCUCGACCGCCUCAACAAAUUCUUGGAGAAGAAGAGCAAUAACUAUAAGGAUGCUCGUAAUAUUCCUGCUGCCAACAGUACUGGCGUUAUCUCUGUACAUCUAUCAACCGGAACGCUUGCAGCGAGGACGGCCAUUAGAAGUGCUCGUAACAUUAAUACGUCCAACAAAUUGGACGCUGGCAAUGAGGGCAUCAAGACAUGGAUCUCCGAGGUCGCCUGGCGAGACUUUUACAAACAUGUGCUAGCUCACUGGCCUUAUGUGUGUAUGUCCAAGCCCUUCAAAUACGAGUACACGAAGGUCAGAUGGGAGUACAAUGAUGAACAGUUCAAACGCUGGUGCGAAGGCCGAACCGGCUUCCCAAUUGUCGAUGCAGCGAUUCGCCAAAUGCACUCCAUGGCCUACAUGCACAACAGAUGCAGAAUGAUCGUCGCCAGCUUCCUCGCCAAAGAUCUUCUGCUCGAUUGGCGCAUGGGUGAAAGAUAUUUCAUGGAACACCUUAUUGACGGCGACUUCGCAUCCAACAAUGGCGGAUGGGGUUUUGCUGCAUCUACAGGUGUGGAUCCACAGCCAUAUUUCCGUGUCUUCAACCCAUUGCUACAGAGCGAGAAGUUUGAUGAGCAAGGUGAAUACAUCAGAAAGUGGCUGCCGGAGUUGAAGAAUAUCAAGGGAAAGGCCAUACACGAUCCUUAUGGCAGAGGAGCGGCCAAGGAGGCUGAGAAGGCUGGUUACCCCCGACCGAUGGUCGAUCACAAGGUCUGUAGGGACCGGUGUCUUGCGCGGUAUAAAGAGGGGCUGGGCAAAAACACUGCUUGA